GAUCCACGCUACCUUGCUCGUCUACAUCAAGUCGUGGACCUGGAAUGCGGUAAAAUCCGCCUCCCCGUGAUUGCGCAUCGAUUUGCCUCAGGCGGAAGUAGCACAGACGGAAAUGUAGAUGCGCUUGACCCUUGCGCCUCUCAAAACUCACUCUCUUUGUGUUUGCGUGUUUCUUCCCCAGGCAAGAUUAUGAACCCCCAGAACUGGUCAUGAGACUUGAAGAACACGCUUCGGUCGAGGUCUUGUCAGUGACCCCUACCAGAGUUGCCUUUUGAUAGGUAGUCGAUGUCUUUUCGCCCGUCAUCUAUAGUACUGCCGGGCCUCGCUUCGAUGCUAGAGUUUGAGUCACUGAAAGUAAAACUACUUCGCGAAAGUUUAUUGUGCCGCCUUGUGGUUUUUGAGAUUCGCACCCAAGACAACUGCCAAACGAUCCGAGAUUGCUUGCAACCAUCCGAAGUCCGCGCCAGUGAAUGGGCGUGGCUUGUCAGCUCCCAAAAUUAUGGCGGCUGAUUCGGAGAUUGGCUGCACAACCACUGCCUGUGGCCGAAAUCGCAUCGCAGGUAGCAGCAAGGGUUAGCAAAAUGGCAUCGCAAAAGGCCGCAGAUAUCGCAAGUGAGCGACUGUCGUAGGAGGCAUGUACCUGACAAUUGCUUGGUAGAAAUCCAAACUGCACAUCCUUCACUGGGACAGUUUUCAUGUCAGCGAGAUACGCUCGCUCACCCUUCUUCAGUGCGAGGUCUAACACACCGCCUGGACUAAGCUCUGCCGUCACAUCUUGGUCUCUGAACCGGCCAAGGAACGCCCAGCCUGUACCAUUGACAAAGAUGGCGCACGACUUUAUGUUCGGAACCGCCGAGAGUAGAGCUUCUGCCGCCCACUCCAACUCGUAUCCAACACUUCUAUUUUCGUCAUUGCUAAAUCCCUUCCGGACGUCUACACCUCGUAAUUGUACGGCUUCCUUUUGUCGGGCUGCUAUGUCAGCCUUGCCGACCCCGUACAGCAAGAGAGUUGCACCGGUGAUGACGCCGAGGAUAUCGGAGCGGGACUGCGCCAUAGCAAUAGAGUCUAGUGGGGUAAACACAAGGCGAUUGGUGAGGACAGAAGCUAGAAUGCAAAUGCCGCUGUACAGGGAGGUGCGUCCGGUGGUCAUCAUCUUCAUAGAUACUGGUGGCGCAUUGCUUCGAGAUCGUGGGCAAGGCCUGGCAGCUGAAAGGCCCCUCGAGUUCCACACCAGAGGAGGACUGAAGCCCAGCACAGGGACACCUGCAUGGAGUCCUUGUGCAUUAUUGAGGACACGUAGGCUUGACUGA